CUUUCUGUGCACAAGGUCAAAAGGAUAUAUUCAAUUUUGUGUAUCUUUGCAUGUAGCCUAGCGUAGCGCCACGUAGCUUACUGCAGGGAUGUCCAAAGUGAUGUCCAUUACUCCAGUGCCAGUCUUCUGCAUGUUUUCUUUCCUUCCCUGGUUCAACACACCUGAGUCAAACAAAGGUUCAUUAGCAGACCUGCAGAAGCUUUCCAUGCAGGGAGACUCAUCUAAAACUGUCAGGGCAGCAACACCUUACUGCAUUUGAAAAUAGGUGGGUUUGAAUCGUUCUGCUGUUGCUGGUCAAAGCAUUUUUCUCAUCUCUAACUGUAAGCGAACAAGUUGACAUUGAAAACCUAAAAUUUGACCUCAAGAGUGUAGAGGUAUAGUGGAAACUCGGACCUUGUUCACACCACAGGUCUUUGUGCUCAAUUCAGAUUUUCUUUUAUUUCUAAAGUAAGAUUUUGUACUAAUUAAGUACAGCUACAACCAGACUUGAGUGUGAACGGUUUAAAGCGACCCGCAUGCGCAGAAGAAAGUUGACGUCACAGGGCAGCGCACUGUUUACGGAAGUAAUGGAAGUCAGUCUAUGGCUGACGGUAUUGUCAUAACAUGGAAGAAAGUGAAUUUAAAAAAAAGCACAACUAGAGAGAUGGUACUUAGUAGAGCAUUAACUGUAACUUUUGUAGAGAAGUUACAGUUUGUUUGGAUGUAUAAUCAGACCCAGAAGUGGUGGGUUAGGAUGUGAUGCACUUUAAGUUGAGAAGUUUCAUAAUUAAACGAGUUUCUAAAGCCAUCAUUUACACCAUGGUCAUUUUCACACCUACCGAAAGUUAAUUAUUGCUUUUAAGUAUAUUGGUGUGUUUGUUUCCUCCAGCUCUUAACGCACAUAAACAUUUAGACAGCUGAGAAAGUGUGUGUGAGCAAGGAGGCUCACAUCUAACCCAGUUCUGUCAGGAGGAAUGAACCAACAUCUGAGAAAUCCGUGGAAGCAAACCAAACACAUUUAACCCAAAUCUUGCAGUGUAAAAGGGCAGGAGAAAUGCAGAGUGAGGAAUGUAUCGAGGGCAGACGUCUGAUAGUAAACCUCGCACCCUGACACGCGAAAUCAGCUGAUGCAGACCUUUUACUCUUGUGUACACGGCAAUGAUGAGCGUGGAGGGCUUUGCACCUGACGCAGAGACAAACGGACACAAUUUUUCCACCAUGCCUGACAGCAAUGAUAGUGAGGAAGAAAGCAGUCAGGAGGAGCCACCGGUGCCCUGCUGGAGCGAGCUGUCCAUCAUAGAGCGUGUAGGCCUCAACAGUGUGGACAUGACAGAAAAGGACUUGGAGACGGCCUUCUCUCAGAUCUCCCUGGCCUUCCGCUGCGAUCAGUACACCCUGAAACAGAGGCUGCAGUCGGAGGAACACGCACGCAACCUGGCCGAGGAGAACAUCCACCUGGAGCUCAGCCGAGGCAGGGAGACCCUGGAGACAUUGAAGGGUCUGUGUUUGGACACUAAACGCAGCAGCAUCCUGCAGAGGCUGGAGCUUUCUCUGGACAUCCUCGGAGGGACAGUAGAGCGGAUCUCCAGCACAGCCGAGGUGCUCGGUGCCGUCCACCAGGAGGCUCGGGUGAGUCGGGCUGUGGAGCUCAUGGUGGCUCACGUGGAGAGUCUGAGGAGGCGUCAUGACCGAAAUUUAGCAGAGCUGGAAGAAGCCAAAAACAAUCUGCAGCAGCAGCAGCAGCUGAACUCCAGCAGACACAGCAUUCAUCCCAGAACCACCCCAGUUGAACCAGAAAGACAGGAGGACAGGAAGAGGAGAAACUCUAAUCAGAGCAUCUUACGAAGGAGAGUCAGCGCAUCAAUCAUUUCCAGCCCAAAUCUGGAGAAGAAGAGAGAUUCAAGGAAGAGAACCUCUUCCUGGAAGAAACACUCUCCUCCACACUUGUCUCCAUCCCUGAGCUUAGAUUCUUGUAGCUUUGUGUUUACCCAAGAGGACAGCCACCUAAUGAAUGAAAGUUUUGUUUUCAGACAACCAGACCCAGAUCCACCAGGGGAUUGUCUUCUGGACCUUUCUGCUCCCAGCCCAGAGAGCCAUCCGACAGAGGAAGUGAUUCCUUCAAAUACGCAGAACAGAAACCUCUCUCUGGAAUCUCUGCGACAAAGACAGAAAGCCAAAGCAGCUGCAUUGACCAAAGCGAAGGAAAGAAAAACAACAAUCCAGAGACAAAUCUCCAUUGGCACGUAUGGGUCUCCAUGCAAGCAGCAUCCUCUGCUGGUCCGGCUGCACCGCUGCCGAUGGGCGUGGAUCUGCACCAACCUGUUUGUGCUUUUCUGCGUCGUAGUGCUGACUUGCAUCAUGUGGAAGAUUCACGAAGGAGAGGCUGAGCCAUGAUCCGUAAACACUUCGGGAUACUUCAUCCUCUUCAAGGGUUUAGCUUACAGAAUAAAACCGUUUUCCAUCA